AUGGCCUUUAAGCAAAUGGAGAAUAUCAACUACUUUCUUACCGCCAUACAAAAGUACGGUGUCCCCAUAUUCGAUACCUUCCAGACCGUUGACCUGUUCGAGGCUAAGAAUAUGCUACAGGUCGUCAACUGCAUACACAGCUUAGGUAGGACGGCUCAGGCCAAAGGCUUCGAUGGGCCGGUGAUUGGCGUGAAGAUGUCGACCGAGAACAAAAGAAACUUUGAUGAGCAAAUUCUGCGCAAAGGAGAGACUAUGACCACACAACACACCGCGGGGUACACCGGAGGCGCUAGUCAGAAAGGUAUGAGCUUCGGUACGAGGCGCGAAGUGGCCAAUCCGGAAACGGCGACGCACAGGUACAACGGCCAAUAGAAUCACACAGCUUU